AACGUGGGCAAGCCGGAAGAUCGCAAGACGAGCAUGCACUGCAGCGGCCGCGCGGACGAGCUCUCGCAGGCGCUGGGCGACAUGGACAUGCUCCUCCCGCCCUUCACGCUGGCCAUGGACGCCAAGACAACGACGUGCCUCAAGCGCCACGAGCUGGCGGCGCUCGACGGCUACGUGCGCAUCGGCCUCGGGCCCGAGUCGCCGACGCACGUGUUUCGGCGCGAGCACUACAAGCUCAUCCUCAAGGCGCGCGACCUGGUCAUGAGCAUGAGCAAGGACCAUUGCGAGGUCGUCUUUCGCCGAGGGAAGCUCUUUGCGACCAACUUGAGCCAAACGUCGACGACGCAGCUCAACAAGCGCCACAUGGACGUUGGCACGCUAUACGAGCUCCACGACGGCGCCGAGCUCUGCCUCUUUGGCUGGCUCUACUAUACGGUCCAGGCCACGCGAUACGAGCAAGACUUGAUGGCCCAGCGGCCGAUCAUGCACGAGACCAUGAUCGCGUCCUACCUGACCCAUGUGCUCUUCAUGAACCCGCUCAUCACGCGCACGGCCAACGCACUCCUCUUCGGCGAGCGACUGAGCUUCCAGAACGAAUACCACGGGAUUGCGUCGGGCCUUGCACUUGCCGAGCACCCGUUUGUGGGUCUCAAGACGGGCUUUGCGACGCUCUUCAACUUGCACAAGGCGCUCGUCGACGGCUGCUGCGUCCUCCACUUGGCCGGCCACGGGCUCCCCGGUCAGCUCUUCUUUGAAGGCGAGGCCAGUCAGCCAUUGAUGGGCACCGCCGUUGACGCCGAGGCCCUUGACCAAUGCCUCCAGCUGGCGCCGCCAUGCGCGGUGUCUGGCGUCCAGCUCGCGCUGCUGCUCGUGUGCCAUUCGGCGUCGAUGGCGGGCCCGUUUGUACGAUAUGGCAUUCCACACGUGAUUGCCGUGGACGCCCAGUCCAAGCUCCAAGACUGGGUCGCGCCAGUCUUUGCCCAGCGGCUGUACAUGGAGCUCGGGACCGGGCAGUCGGUGCAAACCGCAUUCGACCGGGCAAUUGCAGCGGUCCGCAGCCACGACCUCAGCGGCGCCGAGGCGGAGAGCGAGAAGAUUCUGCUCUUGCCGCCCAACGACGACCACCGCCACGUGCUCUUCCCGCCGCUGCGAGGUCGGGUUGCGACCCGAGAGCCCUUUCUCAAGCGGUUCCCGAGCCCGUUCCUGCACUUGCACGCAGCCGAGACGCUCGAAUUUCGGCAAAAAGAGGCCGUUGUCGUCUCAACCUACCUCGCGCGGCCGCCGCACCACCCGUUCUUUACACGGCUCGUGGUCCUCACUGGUCCGGAAGGGGUCGGGAAGACGCAUUUGGCCCGCGCUGUCGGCGACGACCUUGCGCUGCGCGGGUAUUUCGACGGCGGUGUGCAUGUCAUCUACGUACAAGCGUUUGCUGACACACUGGACGCGACGGCCUUGGGCCCGGACGGCUGUUAUGACGCGGUCCAGGCCGAGGUCUCGGCGCGGCUCAAAGCGUUUGCAGGCGCACGCAAACAGCAGUGUCUCGUGCUGCUCGACGGCUGCGACGUGCUCAUGCAGCGCCCACAGGACGCGGGACGCUUUUUCGAUAGCAUUCUCAGCAGCCAAACCGACUGGAAGCUGCUCGUGACCACGUCCGUUGCCAAGACGCCGCUGGAGCUUGGGUUUAGCGCGCAGUCGUAUGCGCUGCAGCCAUUCCCAUACGAAGCGGGCGCGCAGCUGUUUGCAAAGCUCCUGGCGCGCGCUCGGUACCCGCUCUCGGUGUACCAUCUGCUCGAGACGCCGGGUUUCGACUUGGAGGUGCACGCCGACGUCGACCUCUGGCGGGUCCUAUCGACGCACCCAAUCUCGCAGCACGUGCUUCGAGGGCUUCCUGGCACCAUUGCGCGCGUCGUCGACGAGGUUGUCGCGACUCAAACGACCGUCGAUGCCUGGUUCAAACGCUCGUUUGCACCCUAAGUAGUUCGUCAACCCAUACUGUCAUGUCCGAGCGACUAGAGUGGUGCUCGAAUAACGUGAGUUCCUCA